GGGAGAGUAAAAUCAAUUCAUUCGCAAGGCAUCGAGGUCAAAACCCUCACCUUCCUCGAAACCCUAGGAACUCGCCUUCUCUGUUCGCUAGCCUCUGAUUAUCGAUGGAUCCUCAGCCGGAGCCAGUCAGCUACAUCUGUGGAGAUUGUGGGCAAGAAAAUACGCUGAAGCCAGGCGAUGUCAUUCAAUGCCGAGAAUGUGGUUACCGUAUUCUCUACAAAAAGCGCACCCGCAGAAUUGUCCAAUAUGAAGCACGUUGAAAGCUGACUUCUGGUAUCUCUUAGUAAAUGUGCGAUUUUUGUGGUUCUUCCAAUAAUAUUGUUAUAUUUUGCUCCUCGUGUUCCCGAGAAUUGCAAUGUGUGAUUUUUUUGCUUGAGUGGUUCUUCAUCCAUUCACCUAUCGUCUUUUAACAUUCUAUUGUAAAGAAUUUUUCAGCAAAUGCAGGGGUUUGUUUAGUUGAUUGA